CUCCCUCACACUCUCCUCUCGGAAUCCUCUCUUUUUUUCCACAGAAAACAUGCAGAGAGGAGAGGAGGAGGAGAAAAGUAGAAACGCGUCGGAGGCGAGAAGAGAGAGAGGAAGCAGAGAAAGUUGGUAGAGGAGCGAGAGGGCGAGAGGAGAGGAGAGGUCGACCAGAUGGGAGGAAGGAAGGAAAGGAUCUCUCUGCGGGCUUAAGUGCGCGAUUAAAGGAUUCAUCAUAAAUAAACAAAUAUAUGAAUCAAAGCCUAUAAUAAAAAAGGGGAGUUAUAGGCGCGCUACCGCGUAGCGUGGACGCGGACAAGCCAGACAGCGGCGGUGCGCGCUGAAACAGCCAAGUUGUGUUUCUCUCUCUGGAUUUUACUCCUCAUGUUCUUCAAACUCUCGGUGAGGUUCACUAACUUUUAAGGACAGCGUCUGAAAAACUUCCCCUCCCCUCGGCCCUCCAAAUAACGCUCUCUCCCCGGGGAAAAAAACUGAGUAAAAGAAGCUCCGGGGUGGAAGUGGAGGAAGGAAGAGCGUUUUUGUUCCUUCCGAGGAGUCCAGCUCGCCGUAGCCGGGGUUUAGGCGUUGGCACCCGGGCAGGGAGUCCCUCGCCAUGGCCGGGGCCAAGCCGGGAGUCCACGCGCUGCAGCUCAAACCCGUGUCCGUCCACGAAGCGCUGAAGAAGGGGGGCAAAUUCAUCAAAUGGGACGAGGAGCCCAACAGCGGGCCCCCCACCCUGGUAACCCUGAAAGUUGACCCAGAUGGAUUCUUCCUCUACUGGACUGGAGGGUCCAACCUGGAGGUGGAGAUUCUCGACAUGAGCACCAUCAGGGACACGAGAACAGGAAAAUACGCCAAACUACCAAAGGACCAGAAGCUGCGAGAGGUGCUGGGCUUUGGUAAGGGUGACCACGUAGAAGGAAAGCUGGUAACUGUCGUCCAUGGCAACGACCUGGUCAACACGUCCUUCCUCAACUUCCAGGCUAUGCAGGAAGACACAGCCAAGAUUUGGACAGAUGAGCUGUUCACUUUGGCCACAAACAUACUUUCCCAGAAUGCAUCACGGAACACCUUCCUUCUCAAAGCGUACACCAGGUUAAAGUUGCAGGUGAAUCAAGAUGGGAAGAUUCCUGUGAAGAAUAUUCUCAAGAUGUUUUCAGAUAAAAAGAGAGUGGAGACGGCUCUGGAGCAGUGUGGCCUCCUCAAUAACAGGUCGGAGGGACUCAAGCCAGAUGAUUUCACGUGGGAGGCCUUCCAGAAGUUUCUCGACAGCCUCUGUCUCCGGCCUGAGAUACAAAGCAUCUUUGAGGAAAGUGGCUCCAAGAGGAAGCCAUUCAUCUCUUUGGACCAGCUCAUGGACUUCAUCAACCGCAGGCAGCGAGACUCCAGACUGAACGAGGUGCUGUACCCCCCGCUGAAAAGAGAACAGGUCCGACAGAUCAUGGAGAAAUAUGAGACCAACACCAGCCAGCUGGAGAGAGACCAGAUCAGUUUGCAGGCUUUCACUCGGUAUCUGGGAGGCGAGGAAAACAGCAUCGUACCUCCAGAGAGGCUGGAUGUCAUUGACGACAUGAACCAACCGCUGUCUCACUACUUUAUCAACUCCUCACACAACACGUACCUCACAGUGGGUCAGCUGACCGGUCUGUCGUCAGUGGAGAUGUACAGGCAGGUGUUGCUGACUGGCUGUCGCUGUGUAGAGCUGGACUGCUGGAAGGGCCGGCCACAGGAUGAGGAGCCCUACAUCACCCACGGAUUCACCAUGACCACUGAGAUCCCCUUUAAGGAGGUGAUUGAGGCAAUAGCAGAGAGUGCUUUCAAGACCUCGCCAUACCCCCUCAUCCUGUCCUUUGAAAACCAUGUUGAUUCGGCCAAGCAGCAGGCCAAAAUGGCAGAGUACUGCAGGACCAUCUUUGGAGAUGCCCUGCUUAUUGAUCCACUGGAGAAAUAUCCGCUGGACCCUGGUCAGCCGCUCCCCUCACCACAGGAGAUGCUGGGGAAGAUUCUCAUUAAAAACAAGAAAAAGCACCAAUACCACCGACCCUCAAGUGGUGGCAGCAUACGACGCAGAGAGCAGGAGGAGCAGUCAUCACCCGUCAAUGACUGUCCAUUGAAUGACAGUGAUGGAAGUCAGCUCCUGUCCAACGGGGAGGAGAAGCUGGCUGAGAGGAUGGUCAAAGACUCUGAGCCUCGCAAGUCCCUAGGAGGCGAAGGAGAGAGCGAGGAGGAGGAGGAGGACGAACCCGCGGCAGAGCUGAAAAAGCCGAACUCUGACGAGGGUACAGCCAGCAGUGAGGUGAAUGCCACAGAGGAGAUGUCGACUCUCGUCAACUACAUUGAACCUGUCAAAUUCAAGAGUUUCGAGGUGGCGAACAAGAGGAAGAAGUUCUUUGAGAUGUCGUCGUUUGUGGAAACGAAAGGCAUGGACACGCUGAAGAGCUCCCCUAUUGAGUUUGUCGAGUACAAUAAGAAUCAGCUGAGCCGGAUCUACCCUAAAGGAACACGGGUGGACAGCUCCAACUACAUGCCUCAACUCUUCUGGAAUGUCGGCUGCCAGAUGGUGGCGCUAAACUUCCAGACACUCGACCUCCCUAUGCAGCUGAACAUGGGUGUGUUUGAGUAUAAUGGCGGCAGCGGCUACCUGCUGAAACCUGAGUUCAUGAGGAGGACGGACAAACACUUUGACCCUUUUACAGAAAACAUAGUGGAUGGUAUAGUCGCCAAUACUGUCAAAAUUAAGGUGAUCUCAGGCCAGUUCCUCUUGGACAAAAAGGUUGGCGUGUACGUGGAAGUGGACAUGUUCGGACUUCCUGCUGACACAAAGAGGAAGUACAGAACCAAAACAUCCAAUGGGAACUCGCUGGACCCCGUAUGGGAUGAUGAAAUGUUUGUGUUUAAUAAGGUGGUCCUCCCAACGCUGGCCUCUCUGAGGAUAGCAGUGUUUGAAGAAAACGGCAAGUUCAUUGGACACCGGAUUCUCCCUGUGUCGGCCAUUAGACCUGGCUACCACUAUAUCAACCUGAAGAAUGAGCUUAAUCAGCCCUUACUCCUGCCCUCUCUGCUGGUUUACACUGAAGCUCAGGACUACAUCCCCAAUGAACACCAGGAGUACGCGGAGGCUCUGACAAACCCCAUUAAGCACAUCAGUCAAUUGCACAAGAGAGAGACACAGCUGGCUGUUCUCAUAGAGGACAACAGUGAGCAUAUCACCAACCAGCCCAAAGAGGGAGAGACCAGGAGAGAGAGUGAAGUCAUUCCAGGAGGUCGACUCCCAACCCCCUUCCACGCCCUCCCUCCCUACUCAUUGGAUGAUUCUCCUGACGUCAUCAAAUUAUCUCCGCCAGCACCAAGUCAGAAAGAAGACCUCAUAGCCACUGUUCUGGCAGAGGCCCCUGCCCAGUCUAUAGAGGAGUUGAAGCAACAGAAGGGUUAUUUGAAGCUGGUGAAGAAACAUAGCAAAGAACUCAAAGAGAUUCGUAAGAAACACCUAAAGAAGGUGUGGAAUCUGAGUAAGGAACAGAAGAGUCGGAGUAGCAAGAUUGAAUCUGAGACCCAGAGGCGACGCAGUCAGAUGGAGAAACACCUCAAACGUAGCAUGAAAAAAAACGAGCCCCAGGAGCCGGUGCAAAGUGAGCUGACAGCGUUGAAUCAGGAGAUUGAGAAGCAGACAGUACAGCUGAGGGAAUGGCAGAUGCAAGAGCUGCUGAAGCUCCGACAGCAGCUUCAUGCAUCCGAGAGAGAGAAGCAACAAACACACCUGAAGGAGGCCUUCCAGAAGUUAAAGGAGACGGCCCAAGAAUGCCAAGCAGCUCAGCUGAAAAAGCUCAGGGAGACGUGUGAGAAGGAGAAGAAAGAGCUCCAGAAGAUCCUGGACAGGAAGCGACAAAACAGCAUCAGCGAAGCCAAGAGCCGCGAAAAAGACAAAGCUGAAACGGAACUGAAUGAGAUCAACAGGAAACAUAUUCAAGAUUCUGUCGCCUUAAUCCGCAGGCUGGAGGAGGCUCAGACCAGGAGACAGGACAAGUUGAUGCUGAGGCAGCGGGAGGUGCUGCAACACAUAGAUGAGGAACUUCCAAUGCUCCAGACUCAGUUGGAGAGGGAACUAGAGGAGGAGUAUCAGCGACUGCCAGAGGAAAUCUGCCAGCACCUUCAGAUGGAGCUCCAGAACAAAGGUCUCCGAAAGGAUGCCCUAUUCUCGUCCUUGUCCAAUCACAGCAGCCCCAGCCCCAGCCCCAGCUCCGGUUCGGGCCCGCCCUCCAACUGCUCCACGCCCUCCUACCCGUCAACGCCCAAUCGGGGCACCUGGAACAGGAACAUGGACAAUAGCACUGCCUCAUUGGCUGAUUCCACUUCCUCGUCCACCACUCCUGUCCUGUCGGAGGCGGAGAUGUCGUUCAGUUAAAAUUAUUACCUGUAAAAAGGAAAAUACAUACAUUCAACUGGGAUCUAUAAUGAUUAUAAUGUGGGAUAGUAAUGAUAUUAAUUAUUAACUAAUUUUAUUCCUUUUUUUUAUUACAGAACAUUUUUGUUCGUGUCUACAGAGCUAUAUUAUUUUUUAUUUUGCUGUUUUUGUUAGUUGACACAUGAUGUGUUUUGAAGAUUUCAUAAGAAUCAUAACCAAUUUUUUUUUUAAUACAUUUUCCUGUCUCUUUGUCUUGCUUUUAAUGUGAUAUCCUUUCAUAUCUUUUUCUGUGCAGCAUUCCCAUUGUCUGGUCAGUAAGCUUUGCUGUGGUUUUUGCGACACCACGCACUUUAUGUUCACACUGUUUUGUAACAGUUUUAAUUUUUUAAUUUUUUUUAUUUUUAAAAGCUUUAAACUGUAGAGAGAGGAACAGGGUUAGACAAUGACUGCCUUUGUGAAGGUAAACUUUGUAACUUACAUACAGUUGGGCCAAGCGACUACCAUUAUGGUAAUAAUAAGUAAUUCUCACUACAAAAGUUUGAUAUUUUGUUUCUAGCAACAUUUGACCAAUGAGAUUGCUUCAUAAUGGCCUCAUGUCCUAUGAGUAGAUGAGCAACUAUUUAAAACACUGAGUGCUACAAAUAAAUGUCAAAAACCAAAUCUUUUUCACUUUUUAAAGUAAAAAUAAUCAAGGUUAGAUAAGUAGUUUUCAGAAUUGAGUGUCAAGAGGGAAUAUAAAGGAGAAGAGGGCUUAAUUUUUAUCCAGAUUUUUUAGAGACUUAAAAAAGUAAGUUUAAAAGCUUAUGUUUUGGCUGUAAUGACAGUAGCUGACCAGCAAGCGGUGCUGCAGCCUUUACUGUUUAUGUUCAAUUGGUUGUUUGAGCUUUUCAUUCAUGCCAGCCUGAUUAUUCUAUUACACUGUUCUCACUCACACACCUGUCUCGGCAGGGUUUGCAACGUCAUUGGUCAGGAUAAAGUCACUGGCCCUUAACCUCUAAUCAAAACCCAGCCAAGGUUGAAUUGCGGGUGGUCAGCACACGACCAUCUGGCUACAAAACGAGUGUGUGUGUGUGUGUGUGUGUGUGUGUGUGUGUGUGUGUUUUUGAGUGUAA